GUCUCUCUCAUUCCCUUUGCUCUCCCCCCUUCCCCCACAGUCGAUCUCAGCGGCACCUCUCCCCCGUUGCGUCACCAAGAAGUGUACAGUGCGCAAAUACAACACCAAACAGGAAAGAACUCACUCACUCACACUCACACACACGACUGUAAACAGGCGUUGCCAGGAUCGAAUAGAACUCAACAUUUUAUUUAUUCUGAUUUCUUUUUUUGACCUCCUACCUCAAAAAAACCAGAGCAAUAACACAGCCAUGCCGAACGUUAUCGUCACCUGCGUCUUCAACCCGCCGACGAUCUCGAUCCAAGGGACGAGUAUCCGCCAGGAUACCAUCGAGGCUCUGCAGCGCGCCCUGCCGAAGCAGACAACGACGAGUCUGCCAAGUCAGCGUCCUGGCGAGUCGGCGAAGUUUCUGCUGACGAACGGCGGCGGCAGCAGGGGUGCGGAGGGGUCGGCGCCGCACGGUGCGACGGGCGGCCGCAUCGAGGACGUGGCCGACACGGAGGGCCGCGACAACGUCCGGGACGGCGCGGCUAAGACGACGGACGAGGUCGCGGACAACGACAAGGGCUACAAGAGCUGGCGGAUUGACCUGGGCCAGCACUACUGCGACCAGAAGGGCCGGUCGAUGAUCUUUCUGGUGAUCAUGGAGGCCUUGGAGGAGGAGGGCUUUGCGCUGCGUGGCACCCACACGGUAGUGACGGAGAAGGAGAAGGACGUGACGCGGCUCAUCUUUGCUCGUGCAUAG